UUCUUAUGCAUGUCUUAGUUUCUAACAGUAUGUCCCAUGCUAAAUUUAGACAUUGGGGUUUUCCAUCUGAUUUUCGUUGAUGUAAGCGAUUAUGAGGAUUUCGUUAUAAAAUUGUUGCAAAGUGCUUUCUUUGAAUAUCACCAGUUUAAUGAUUUAUAAACUAAAACCGGCGCUUCUCUGUCUACUAAGAUUUGUUCUGUAAUAGAAAAUCCAAUAUUGACACAGCCUAUGCCCCUUAGAUCAUCAUAACAAUAUAUGUUCUCAGUGAGUGGAUAUUGAGUUAUCUUGUAAAAGGCUGAUGGAAUUUGCGUUUAAAUACAUGUAUACACACUUACUCUGCUUACUUGUCUUGAUGUGGAUGAAUUCUGAUGAAGGAUAUCAGGACUUGUUGCCAGGAAUUCAUCCGUCCUUACAUCAUCCUCGCUUAGACAGUCUUCAUGCUCGCUGUCUUGUAUCACAUCUCUUAAAUUACGUGCUGCUCUCUGUCGAACACGACUCCUUUGAAUAUCAGCAAGAGGUGUUUGGUCCAAAGUUUCAUCAUCAGAAAUAUCGUUGAAAGACAUGUUUGAUACUAGAUCUACAGUGAUGACAACAUUCGUGUUUGAAUAGGCGCCGAAAUCGCAAGAAUCGUGUCUGCGGCUGUGUAAAAGAGAUAAGGAUGGCAUGCCAAGAUGCUGAUUGGCUACGUUAAAGACAUUUCCAUAUACAGAUUGGAAAAUAACCAAAACUUCAACCGCAUGGGAUUGAUACUUCAGCGCCAUUAUUGAACCUGAGAGUUUUUAUCAGCUUAGAUUUUUUUUAUAAAUGGUAAUGCUUUAUGGAGAGAUAAUAGUGAUAAAGAGAAGCGGUGUAGAUGGAGCACAUUUUCCCUUAACUGUUAAAAACUGUUUGUUUGGAAGGGGCAAAGAUUGUGAUAUAAUAAUUAAGCUUCCAAAUGUUUCCGGAGAACAUUGUAGAAUUAAUGUAUCAGACAAUAAACAGGUUUUUUUGACAAACUUGAGUAUAGAUAAUCCUGUCUUAGUCAACUCUUCAUAUUUUGACAAACCAAUAAAAUUAAAUCAUGGAGAUGUAUUCACCAUCAUAGACAGAUCUUUCCGCUUUGAUGAAACAGAGGAAUCAAAGAAGAGCAAAUUAAGAAAUCCAGACAAAGAUUUGAAUUUGAACAGACCAUCAAUCAGGAUAGAUGAUGCACCAAAGUCUUUGAAAAGUAAAAGUAAAAAGAAGUCAAAAGAAGAAGUGAAGUCUAGAAGCAAAAGACGUCGUAUGCUGAAGAAACAAAAAUAUUGGGAACAAAGAGAAAAAGAAGGGGAAAAUGACAAUAUAGAUGUAGUUGAAAAUGAUAAAAAUAGACAAAUAGCAGGAACAGAAAGAAAACCUAGUGAUGAUAACUUUUAUGUGGACAUGUUUAAAGAUCCAUUAUUUUCGAAAAUGGUGACAUACCAAAAGGCUAAAAGAUUAUCCUUAGCUUUGAAAGAAAAAGGACAGAAAAAUAUUGAUAUUUUAGAAUAGAAAUUUAUUCAGUUUGGAUUUAUAUAUAGUUUUAUGUUGCAAGUGUUUUUUAUUUUUCUAUUUUCUUUUUAUAAACCCAUAAUCAAAAUCUACCUUUAAUAGUCAAGUGGAUUGUAAAUAGGAAUUAUUUGAUUUCAUGUAUAAGCAAUGAAUUUUAUAUAUAUUUUGAGAUAAAAUUUCUGCCCUUAUUUUUGGUACCAAAGAUAUGAAUAAGAUUCUAGAGAGCAUGCACAUUGACUACUAGUGAAGCAGCUACUUGUAUUCAAGAAAGCUUGCACAUUGGUUUAUUAUACAGUGAAGCAGCUACUAGAAUACUUAAUUCAUAAUUUUGAAUCAAAACUUUAUUGCAUGUUUCAUGGCAGAAAAAGCAAAGCGUCCAAGAAAAUCUUGCCCUAAAUGUUAUACAGUUUUCUCAGACAAACAUGCUCGUAGACAUCUACUUGAAUGUAACGUUCAAUUUUGUGAAAGUGAAGUACCUCAAUCUGAUAACGAAAAUAUACCUGUAUCAAGUGUGGAAAAUAACACAUCAGAUUAUCAAAAUGAUAUCAGUGAUGAUGAACAUGA